ACGCACAUUGGUCGGGCUACUUUUCUGACGACACACAACAAUCGUCAACCUGUGGAUAGGGCGCGCGCGGUGCUCUGUUGUCUCCACUGCCACCCUCUCCCCUCUGACACCGAGCCCGACAUCCAGGACGCAUGAACUGGGAGAGGGUGCCGGUUCGAUUCCCCCGCGGAGGAGAGGAACCGAAAAGUUGAGGGGCUCGCGCGCCGAUCCCCGCUUCAUGAAUGGCCGGAACAUGGAGGAGAUGCCAUUCGAAAGAGUCAAGACCCGGCGGAGGAAGGGUCACUGCCCGGCCGGUGCACCCCUGGGCGCCAUCGCCUGCGAGGACGAGUUCAACAGCCAGGAGUUGGAGGCUCUCUUCCAGAACUACAACCUGAAGCUGGAGCAGACCGCCACCCUCAAAGCGCUGGCGGUGCUCAUCGUGGCCGCGUCGUCGCUGUCACUGGUGGAGCUGCUGUCCAGCCCGCGUCUCACCUUGUCCAAGGGCUCCUACCCGGUGCACUGCGUGGUGUUCCUGUCGCUGUUUAUCGUCACCAACGUCAAAUACCUGCAGGUGACGCAGCUGCAGCAAAUAGCGAAGCUGGCCCUGCUGUUCAGCUUCACCUUUGCGCUGCUCUGCUGUCCGUUCCCGCUGGCGCUCGGCACGUCGGAGCUGGUGAGCGCCGGUGCCCCUGAGCAAGGCAUGUGGCAGCUCAUGCUCGUCACUCUCGUGGCUUACGUGCUGCUGCCGGUGCGGACGCUGCUGGCAGUGCUGUUCGGGGUGAUGCUGGCUGCAUCCCACUUCAUUGUCAUAGCCACGUCGGUCACAGGAAGGAAGCAGAGGCUGUGGAGACCGCUGGUGGCCAAUGCGGUGCUGUUCACCAGCGUCAACUUGUCGGGGGUGUUUGUGAGGAUUCUCACCGAGCGCACCCAGAGGAAAGUCUUCCUGCAGGCCCGCAACUGCAUCGAGGAGAGGCUGAGACUGGAGGACGAGAACGAGAAACAGGAGCGUCUGCUAAUGAGCCUGCUGCCCAGGAAUGUUGCCAUGGAGAUGAAGGAGGACUUCCUGAAGCCGCCUGAGAGGAUCUUUCACAAGAUCUACAUCCAGCGUCAUGACAAUGUCAGCAUCCUGUUUGCAGACAUCGUGGGCUUCACCAGCCUGGCCUCUCAGUGUACUGCUCAGGAACUCGUCAAACUGCUCAACGAACUCUUUGGGAAGUUUGAUGAGCUGGCUACAGAGAAUCACUGCAGGCGGAUCAAGAUCCUGGGCGACUGUUACUACUGCGUGUCGGGUCUGACCCAACCCAAGGCGGACCACGCCCACUGCUGUGUGGAGAUGGGACUGGACAUGAUUGACACGAUCGCGUCGGUGGUGGAGGCGACGGAGGUGGAUCUGAACAUGCGUGUUGGUCUGCACACAGGACGCGUGCUGUGCGGCGUGUUGGGCCUCAGGAAAUGGCAGUAUGACGUCUGGUCAAACGAUGUCACACUGGCAAAUGUGAUGGAGGCCGGAGGCCUGCCUGGCAAGGUGCACAUCACAAGGACCACCCUGGAGUGUCUGAACGGAGACUACGAGGUGGAGCCGGGCUUCGGCCACGAGAGACAUGCCUUCCUUCAGAAACAUCACAUCGAGACAUAUUUCAUCGUGCCAUCACACAGACGCAAAAUCUUUCCAGGUCUUAUUCUGUCAGACAUCAAACCAGCCAAGAGGAUGAAGUUUAAGACCGUGUGCUACCUGCUGGUGCAGCUCAUGCACUGUAGGAAGAUGUUCAAGGCCGAGAUCCCCUUCUCCAACGUCAUGACCUGCGAGGAUGACGACAAGCGGAGGGCCCUGCGGACUGCGUCGGAGAAGCUGAGGAAUCGGACGUCCUUCUCGGCCACCGCCGUGCAGCACUCGCCAGGAACGCGAGUCAACCGCUACAUUGGACGGCUCAUCGAAGCGCGGCAGACUGAGUCCGAGACAUCCGACCUCAACUACAUCACCCUGUUCUACAGGAGCAGAGACAGGGAGCGCAGGUAUCACCAGGUGUACGACGACCAUUUCAUCAGCGCCGUGGUUCUCUCUCUGAUCCUCGCCGCUCUGUUUGGCCUUAUCUAUCUGCUAAUGAUCCCACAGGGGAUGCUGGUGCUGCUGCUGCUGGUGCUGUGUGUGUGUUUCCACGUGGCCUGCAUCAUGUACCUGCAUCUAACCAGUGUUCAGUGCCAACCAGGCUGCCUCACCAUCCAGAUCCGAACAGUGCUAUGUGUCUUCCUCGUCCUGCUCACCUACUCUGUCACCCAGGCCUGUGUGGUUGGUUGUGUUCCUUGGGGGAGAGUUGAGACAAACUCCAGCGACUCAGUGGAGGACGUCCCUGCAGACAGCAACAGUACAGGAGCGGACAGAGCUUGUCCCAACAUGGCGUACGCCCUGCUGUCUUGUGUGGCCGGAACCCUCACUCUGGUCCCCUACCUCCGAGUCUCCUCGACCCCCAAGAUCCUCCUGCUCCUCCUUCUCUCGGUCACCUACACCGUCGUCAUGGAGACUAGCGGCUAUCGCCAAGCUGUGGGUGGAGGGUUUCUCCACACUCGGGGGUAUGAUCCAGUGUUGGCAGUCUUGCUGUUUUCUGGAGCCCUGGCUCUUCAUUCAAGGCAGCUGGACCUGAAGCUGCGGCUCGACUACCUGUGGGCUACCCAGGCGGAGGAGGAGCGGGAUGACAUGGAGAAGGUGAAGCUGGACAACAAGAGGAUCCUGUUCAACCUGCUGCCGGCUCACGUGGCCCAGCACUUCCUCAUGUCAAAUCCCAGGAAUAUGGACCUGUACUACCAGUCCUACGCUCAGGUUGGAGUGCUGUUCGCCUCCAUCGCCAACUUCAACGACUUUUACAUUGAGCUGGACGGGAACAACAUGGGUGUCGAAUGUCUCCGGCUGCUCAAUGAGAUCAUCGCCGAUUUUGACGAGCUGAUGGACAAAGAGUGCUACAGGGAUAUUGAGAAAAUCAAGACUAUUGGCAGUACAUACAUGGCUGCAGUAGGGCUGGUUCCUACAACUGCCUCCAAGGCAAAGAAGUCCAUCACCUCACAUUUGUGCACCGUGUCAGAUUUUGCCAUCGAGAUGUUUGACGUCCUCGAUGCCAUCAACUACCAGUCGUAUAAUGACUUUGUCCUGAGAGUAGGUAUCAACGUAGGACCUGUGGUGGCAGGAGUGAUUGGAGCCAGAAGACCUCAGUAUGACAUCUGGGGAAACACAGUGAACGUGGCCAGCAGGAUGGACAGCACUGGAGUACAAGGAAAGAUACAGGUGACAGAGGAUGUCCAUCGUCUCAUCGCAGACUACUACAACUUUGUUUGCCGCGGCCAGGUAAGCGUGAAGGGCAAAGGUCAGAUGCUAACGUACUUCCUGGAAGGCCGCAGCCUGCAGGGCGUCAGGCCGUCUCAGAGCCAGCAGCAGCAGCAGCCUGGUAACGCGGAGCGCCGCUCGAGCGCGUUCGCCCAUGCCAGCGUGUGCACCAGGCUGAGCCCCGCCCCCACAGUGACCACCUACGCAACCAUCCGGACCCCGAGCCCGAGCAUGGCCAAACCGACCACCUCCACCAGCACCACCAGGUACCUGCCCUCUGCCCCCACGGCAAUGGUGUGACGGAUGCUGUCGCCAUGGUGGCCGUAGAAAAUGAGAGAAAAGGGGG